AUGACACCGUCGUUCACUUAUCAUCCUCAUAGUCAGCAGCCACAGCCACAUCAACAGGCACCUAGUGUGUCUAUAUCACAACAAGAGAUGGAUUUCUCGCCGUUGACUUCGCCAGCGAUCAUGCCGCAACACUCACGCGAAUCAUCCAGCUCCAACAAGUCCGUUACAGCUUCCAACAACGACGAAAUGACACCGACACAGAUAUAUGAACAAUACGAGCAGCUCGAACGAGCCAAGAUCAUGAUCACGCGUCGUCUUUCCGAGUUGCAUAAGAAUCAAAAACGACCAAGAGAAGAAGAAGCUCUGCAACAACAGAAGCAGAUACAGCAACAGCAACAGCAGCUUCAGCGGCGUAUAUCAGAUCAACAACAGCCAUUGUCACCCGCCGGUUCUCCGUGCAUCGAGCCUGUGACACCUGCCUCUUUGAUGAAGAUCAGAAGCCCCGCGACCAAACCUGUUGCUGCUCCAAAAGCGUCUCCUCCCGCCAAAAAAACACGACGCGUCGCAGCAGCAGCAACAGCCAAUACGCCGGAACACUCUUCGCCUCGUGCACUUAAACCAUUACUGAUCAGUCCAACCAUACGACCUGGUCCGACGCCAUCACCUCUGGUCCACGAUGCCGAGCAUAUCCUUGCCACUCGAUCCAAUUAUCAGAAUUUGAUGGAGGGCAAAGCAGCAGCGUUGGGUAUUGCCUUUACAUCCAACAUUAAAAGCGGUCUCGAGAUCCGUCGAACAGCCCAUAAGGCUGCAGAACAGAAACGCCGCGAUUCGCUGAAAGAAUGGUUCGAUCGAUUACGUCGUGAAGUAGAAGAAGGAUACGUCAAAAAGAAGGAGAAGGCUGAGCAAGAGCUGCAGCAAGCAGAACAACAGCCUCAAUUCCAGCAACAACAAGAACAGCAGCAGGAAGAGCCAGGCAAAGACGAAGAGAAGCCACUUUCCAAGGUGUUGCUGCUGAAGUAUGCUUACGAGUAUAUCUCAACACUCAAAGAUACGAUCGAGCAGCAGGAUCAGCGAAUCCGCCAGCUUGAAGGAAGGCAGUAA